AUGGAUACAUCCUCACAACUCCACUACCGUUGGCUGGGUUUAAUAUCUCUCACUGUUCUUUACAAUUGUAUCAUUCUGCCAAUGCGAACAGCCUUCACAAAGUUCCAUGCCCUCUCCCCACCUACCUGGAUGUUCUUUGACUACUGCAUCGACCUCCUCUACAUCCUGGAUAUCUGGAUCGGAAGCAGAACAGGCUACCUGGAGGAGGGACUGAUGGUCACUGACAUCAAAAAGCUUCGAAACGCCUACAUCAAGAAAUCAGACUGUCUCCUAGAUGUGUUCUCUGUUCUACCAACAGAUCUCCUCUACUUCUCUCAGGCGUUCACUCACUACGCGUCAUGGCUGCGGUUGAAUAGACUUCUGAAGACCUACAAGGUGUUUGAAUUCAUUGCACGCACUGAAACUCGAGCCACAUUUCCCAACGUCUUCCGAGUAAUCACUCUCACUGCUAAUAUUCUCAUUCUUAUCCAUUUCAAUGCUUGCAUCUUCUUUGAGGUAUCGUCUCAGACCGGACUGUGUGGAAAUUCAUUCGUUUACCCACCACGUUCAACUGAUGAUAUUACGGAUGAGCCUUGCAAUAUCACCGAGCGCUGGCAAUCCAUUUUUGCUCAAUACACCUACAGUUUCUACUGGUCAACCCUAAUUCUCACUACAAUCGGUGAAACUCCCAAACCUGUGCGAGAUGGCGAAUUCAUUUUUAUCACUAUUGAUUUUCUGGCAGGCGUGCUCAUUUUCGCCACUGUCGUUGGUAAUGUCGGUGCUAUGAUUGCUAAUAUGAAUGCUCAGAAGACAGCCUUCCAGUCACAGAUGGAUAGUGUUAAGAGGUACAUGGAAUAUCGUAAAGUGAGUAAGAAUUUGGAGCAACGUGUGAUACAAUGGUUCGACUACCUUUGGUCCAACAAGCAAUCGCUGGAAGAGGGGAAUGUCUUGGAGAUUCUGCCGGAUAAACUCAAAGCAGAAAUCGCUAUCCACGUGCACUACGACACACUGAAAAGAGUCAAAAUUUUUCAGGACUGUGAUCCUGGUCUACUAGUGGAGCUCGUACUCAAACUCAAACUCCAGGUAUUUUCACCCGGGGACUACAUCUGUCGCAAGGGCGACAUUGGAAAGGAGAUGUAUAUCGUUAAACGUGGAAAGAUUAGUGUUGUUGCUGACGAUGGAAAGACUGUGUUUGUUACCCUCGGUGAGGGAACUGUCUUUGGUGAAAUAUCCAUCCUCAACAUUGCAGGAAACAAGACUGGAAAUAGACGCACUGCCAACGUCCGUUCCGUCGGCUACUCAGAUCUCUUUUGCCUCAGCAAAGACGACCUCUGGGAGACUCUAACAGAGUACCCCGAGGCAAGGGAGAAGCUCAUGGAAGCGGGCCAGCAGAUGUUACGAAAAGACAAUCUUCUGGAUGAAGAGCUUCUCCGCAAAGCGGAAGAAAGUCGUGAAACCGUUGAAGAGAAAGUGGCUCGAAUCGAUGCCAACUUGGAGCAGAUCAGCACAAAGUUGGCUCGACUUCUGGGUGAAUUCGGCUCAAGUCAGGCUAAAAUGAAAAGAAGACUAACUCGUUUGGAGAACCAACAUUUCGAAUCAGCACCAAGCAGCAUAAGAACUGAGCGCACAUCACAUUAUAAUUUAUAA